GUGCGACUGUGAGACUCACAGGACGUUCGCGUUCGUUCUGACUCGGAGACCCUCAGGUCAAUGCCCAAGAUGGAGUGCCGCUCUCAAUAUGACCGCUCAGUUGUGAACAGAAUGACAUGAUCCAAUGGCCUUGCGAACGUUGGACUUAGCUGUCAUCAGCCGCGCUCCAUGUUCGCCGCCCUCAGUCAAGACUGAGAUCUUUCCGCGGCUUAGGCACUAUAAAUGUCAGCUGUAUCCUCCGGUACCCACAACUUCAAUCGCUAGACGAUCCUCUCCCCUUCACUUCACACUCAUAGCCACUUCUAUUGCUUUGCGAAUCAUGUCUUCUGCUGGCACGCAGACUUUCUUCGCCGAUGCCGUUCUAUUCGAUAUGGACGGUACGCUUACAGAUUCCAUCGCAGCGGUCGAAGCUGCAUGGAGCAAGGUCGCGAAGGACAUUGGGCAGGACCCAGCCUCUGUAAUCGCCGCUACCCACGGCAAGCGUGCCAUCGACAACCUUUCUCAGUUCAAGCCUUCCAUCGAGGUUCACGAGAUGGACGACGAGGUUCAGGCGUUCGAGGAAUCGAUCUUGUUCUUCGCCGACGCUUAUGUGAAGCACGGCCCCGGCUCACGCCGCAACUCUCGUAUCGCAACGCCCGUCGACUCCAGCGUGACUACACCAACCCUCUCGCGCGGCGGCUCCGAGGCGUCCUCCAUCAUGUCCUCCAGGUCGUCUUCGUCCGCCGGGGAAGCGAUCGCCUCUCGCCCAGCCUUUCUUCAGCGGGUCAGUACGAUUCUGGAGGUUGGUCAAGCCCUGCGUGAAUCGGCCAUCGAGGGGGGCAUGUUCGACACCGAAGAAGGCAAGGAGAGUAUGAUCCACGCUCUGGAGGCCUGGCAGCAGGAGGCCGCCGCUGUCGACCGCUCGGUGCGCAUCCUUCCCGGAGUGAAGGAAAUGAUUGCCUCUAUCCCCGACGGCCGGUACGCAGUCGCGACGUCUGGUGCUAAGACUUACGCCUACGGAUGCAUGACUCGCGUCGGGAUUACCCCGCCUCCCGUCACCAUCACCGCCGACGACAAGCGCUUGAAGGCUGGCAAGCCCGCGCCGGACCCUUUCCUGCUCGCCGCCGAAUGCCUCGGCUUCGACGCCAAGAACUGCGUAGUCUUCGAGGACUCGCCUUCUGGGAUCAAGGCGGGUGUUGCGUCUGGCGCCACCGUCGUCGCCGUCUGCACGUCGCAUGAGCGCGAGAAGAUCGAGAGCUGCGGCGCACAUUACCUUGUCGAGAACAUGGACCAGGUCAGGUGCGAGCCCGUGGAAGUCGAUGGGCAGUUGAAGCUCAAGUUCAUGGUCCUCGAGUAAGGCCGCCGUGCUGUGGAGUCGUGGCUA